GUGCUGGAGGCCACAUUGUACGACACGCUCGGUGUGGCUCCCUCUGCGUCGCAGUCGGAGAUCAAGCGUGCCUACCACCGUCUGAGCAAGCAGCUCCACCCCGACAAGAACCCCGGCAACAAAGAAGAAAGCGAGCGCAUGUUCCACGCGGUGCGCGAGGCGUACGAUUUCCUUAGCGACGAUGAGAAGCGCGCCACCUAUGAU